CCCCGCCGGGCCGAGCUGGCCGUUCCUGCCCCACCGGCAGCGCACUCGGGACGGUGCCCGCGGCACCAUGAACCGGAUCACGGUGUACGAGCGCGCCAACUUCGAGGGGCUGAGCCGGGAGUUCACCUGCGACGUGCCCGACCUGCACGAGCUGGACUUCGGGAACUGCAUCGCCUCCCUGAAGGUGGUGGGGCAGCCCUGGAUCGCUUACACGGAGCCCAAGUACGAGGGGGAGCCGCACGCCUUCGAGGAGGGCGAGUACCCCUCGGUGGGGCGGCCCAACAGCUUCUCGGCGCUGCGCCUGGUGCACGACGACCUGGGGGACCCCCAGAUCACCCUCUACGAGCGCCCCAACUUCCAGGGGGCCUGCAAGGUGGUGACGGAGGAGACCAACCUGGCCUACGGCUACUUCAACGACCGCGUGGCCUCCCACGUGGUGCAGCGGGGGGUCUGGCUGCUCUACCAGCACCCCGGCCGCGGGGGCUGGCACUGCCUGGCCUGGCCCGGUGAGCGCCUCGCCGACUACAAGCCCGAGCUGAACUUCCAGGCGAGGCUCUCCCACCUGCGCCCGCUGCGGCCCGGGCGGCCUCUGGUCUCGGCGCGCCUCCUGUGGGAGCAGAAGCGGGUGGAGGCCGAGCGGGAGGUGCUGGUGGACGAGAUUGUGGGGGUGAACGAGACGGCGGCGGAGCAGGCGCUGGCGGCCGGCAGCACGCGGGAGUACAGCACCACGCUCUGGCAGAGCUUCCACUUCAGCAACGCCACCAGCCUGAAGGCCGGGCUCUCCUUCACGCUGGCCGUGGAGGCCUCCAACGUCUUCACGGUGCAGAAGGGGCGCAGCGAGUCCAGCACGCGGCGGGAGCGGGUGGAGGUGCAGCUGCCGGCCAAGAUCCCCCCGCGCACGGUGCUGAGCAUCCGCGUGCUGCGCAAGGAGGUGACGCUGUCCGUGCCCGUGCUGCUCACCGUCACCCAGAACGAGGCGGUGCGCACCGAGCUGGGCGAGUACCGCAGCGUCUCGGGCACCAACAUCAGCGCCCACUUCAGCAUGAAGCCUCUGCCGGCCGCUGGCACGGAGCCGGGGGGCGCAGUGGGGACGGAGCAGGUGCCCGGCGGGUGCUGAGCCCAUGCUGCCGCCCCGCGUGCCCUGCUCACGGUGUGGGGUUGUGGGGUGCGUGCCCUUGGGGACACCUUGGUGGGUGGCUCCGGUGGGCAGGACCCGGUGCUGCAGCUGACCCCACGGUGCCCAGGGAGCCC